UCGGGUGCUUUCAGUAAUUCACCCGUCUUCUUGCUCCUCGGCUUUUCUGAUCCGUUGCCGGCAACCUAUGCAGAGACCAAACAUGUAUCCGAUCAGUGUUGUUGGUGCUGUUGUAGUUUGUUGUGCUGUGCUAAGCGGUGUUGUCGCCGGACCCGUUCCGAAAGAUAAACCAGUGAAACAAAAUUUCAAAAUAUGCAAGAAAGCCGAGCCUAAGCUAGAAGCAUGUGUGAUCGACGCUGUCAAAGUAGCGCUACCCCUCAUUUCAAAAGGAAUCCCGAAAUACCAAGUACCUGCCAUCGACCCAUUGGAACUGACCUCGCUCGACAUCGGGAAAGGAAAAGGUCCAGUCAGCAUCGAUCUCAAGUUCAGAAACCUUAAAAUUUGGGGUUUGAAACAUGCCAUGCCAAAAUCAUUCUCAGCUUUAGACAUCGAUAAGUACACAUACCAAGCUAAGUUCGACGUACCUGGAGCUUUGACCAUUGUCGGCCAGUACUCUGCAGAUGGCAAAGUUCUCGUUUUGCCCAUCAACGGAAAAGGACCCUGCAACAUCACCUUAUACGACCCGGAAGUUGAAGUUUUCUUGAAAGGCAAAGGCCACUCAAAAGGAGACAAGAAGUACAUGCAGUUGACCAAGGCUCAGUUCAAGAUCCUGAACAUCAAGAAAAUGAAGAUCAAGUUGGAAAACCUCUUCAACGGAAACAAAGAAUUGGGAGAGAACAUGAACCAGUUCCUGAACGAAAACUGGCCCGAUAUCCUGAAGGAGCUCCAACCCGCCAUCGAAGAAGCCCUGUCUCUCUUCCUGAAGGAGAUGGGCUCCCGGAUCCUCAACAACGUUCCUUACACCGAGUUUUUCCAUUGGUAAAAUCUCGCCUUAAGUUCCUGAAACCUCGCCCCGAUUCGUUUUAGAGUCGGCCGUUCCCACCAGGGUGCGCUCCUUGUCACUUUGGCUCCGAUCUCACCCAUCGAACAACUAAUGCGGACGGAAGUAUCUCGUCCCUCAAAAUUCAAGACUCAUGACUCAAGACUCAUGACUCAAGACUCAUGACUCAUGACUCAAGACUCAUGACUCAAGACUCAUGAGUACCUGUUCUCUCCAUUCUCAUACCGAAUGGUACCUUUUUCUUGAACUACCCCACGUGUCUUCGGGCCAUCCAGAAGAUAAUUUCCAAUAUUCUAUAAUUGCAUUUGUACGCCAAAAGAGAGAGGUUAAUGUAUUUCGACACUUGGACCCUCAAUUGAGCUGCAAACCACAGGCUGAUCGUUUUUGAUGUGGUGAAUAUUUUGGUCCGUAGAGAUUUAUUUUUAAUUAAAACUCGAAUGCCUCUUCGUCCAAUUUUAUUGAGUGAUCAUAAUAUUUCUCCGCGGAACAGUAUUUGCCUAAUUGACCUCGACCAGACAGCUGAAUUAAGUGUCUAACAGUGUUUAUUAAGAGCUGAUCUGUGAUUUCUAAAGCGAGUUAUCUUUUUCCAUUCUAAGCAAUAUCAUGUUACAGCUUUGAUCGAUGUUGUAAAUUUGAACCGAUUUCCACUCAAAUAGGUCACGAUUUUGGUCAAACUUGGUAUAUAUCAAGGUUGUAAUGAUUCAAGUCUCCCGCCAGACUUAAUUUUAUUUUGAGAAAGUUGGUUGAAUAUUCAUAUUAUAUUAAACAUGAAUCUAUUGUAUACAAAUUAAUUAAAUAGAAAUAAUUUUUAAGAGGGAGUUAAGCGUUAAAAAUUCGACCAAGGAUAAUCUGAAAUUAUGAAAUUUGAAAGUCUGUGAUGAAUUUAUGCUUGAACUAAAGCAAAAAGACUAAGAUCGGUGAAUUACUAGUAUGCUCAGAAGUAUCGAAUUAUUGAGUUUCUAUUUAUCUUUGUAAUUUAAGUUGAAAACCAACAAGCUUUUCUUUUGACGUAAAGUUAUGGAGGUUUUUUCAGUUUCAUCAGUAAUUUUUAAUGACUAUGCCCCCUUAAAUAUUUUUAUAUUCACUUUUUUGUAUUUUGUGCCCAUUUGAAACUUCCUUUCUGGGCGAGCACACUAUUUAUACCUCUUUUGUUAAAAUGUUAUGCUUAAAGUUAAAAAGGAAAAA